AUGGUGGAUUUUCCAGGGUUCUCUCUAUCUGGUGCAGUUGCCUCCUUCUUCUUAAUCCUGCUGACCAUGAAGCAGUCAGAUGACUUUAAAGUGAUUGGUCCUGCCCAUCCUAUUGUGGCCAAGAUUGGAGAAGAUGCCUUACUGACCUGUCAACUUCUCCCCAAGAGGACUGCAAUACACAUGGAAGUGAGGUGGUACCGCUCAGAGCCCAGCACACCUGUGUUCACAUACAGGGACGGGGCUGAGGUGACGGAGAUGCAGUCAGAGGAGUACAGAAGCCGGGUAGAAUGGAUAGAGGAUGACACUGACAAGGGAAGUGUGGCUCUGAAGAUUUACAACGUCCAACCGUCUGACCAUGGGCAAUACUGGUGUCAUUUCCAAGAUGGAACCUAUUGUGCAGAAACCAGCUUACAGCUCAAGGUAGCAGGACUGGGAUCUGCCCCUGACAUUCACAUGCAGGGGACUGUGGAAAGCCGAGCUCAGCUUGUGUGCACUGCAGAAGGAUGGUUCCCAGAGCCCGAGGUGUACUGGGAAAAUACCACAGGAGAGAAGAUGCUGACUUUCUCUGAGCACCACAUUCAAGAUGAAGAUGGCCUGUUCUAUGUGGAAUCCACUCUUGUGGUCAGGGACGCCUCUGCAGAGACUGUGUCCUGUGUCAUCCACAGUCCCAUCCUCAGUGAGGAGAAGGGGUCAGCCGUCUCCAUCCCAGAGAAACUCCAGACUGAGCUGGCUUCCUUACAAGUGAUUGGACCUUCCCAGCCCAUGCUUGUCAGAGUGGGAGAAGACAUACAAUUAACCUGUUACCUGUCCCCCAAGGCUAAUGCCCAGAGCAUGGAGGUGAGGUGGCUCCGAGCCCACCGUUAUCCUGCUGUUUAUGUGUAUAAGGAUGGGGACCAUGUGGCUGGAGAGCAGAUGGAAGAAUAUAAAGGCAGAACAGUGUUGGUGAGUGAUGCUAUUGACGAGGGGAGACUGACUCUGCAGAUCCACAAUGCCAGGACUUCAGAUGAUGGACAGUACCGGUGCCUUUUUGAAAAAGAUGGUGUCUACCAGGAGACUAGUUUGGAUUUGAAGGUAGCAGGCAUGGGUUCUUCUCCAGCGAUCACCAUGAAGGAAUGGAAGGACGGAGAAAUGCAGCUGAUAUGCUCUUCAGAUGGGUGGUUCCCACAGCCCCAUGUGCAGUGGAGAGACACAGAAGGAAAGACAAUGCCCUUAUUUUCUGAGGCCCUGACUCAAGACCACCAUGGGCUGUUCCAUGUGGAGACAUCUCUAUUGGUCAGAAACAGCUCCAUUGUGAAUGUGAGCUGUUCCAUCAGCAACUCCCUUCUGGGCCAAGAGGAAACAAGAACUUUUUCUCUCUCAGGUUGGUAA